GGGGAGGUAGUGAAGCCGGAUGAAGGCAAGAUGAGCAGCCUUCUCCCCAGCAGAGGCGUGUGUAUCAGCACUUGACGCGAGGUGAGGCCGGCCAUGGAUGACGAGGCGUCCCGUAAGCCAAAGAAGACCAGGAGAGGAGGCAAGUCAAAGAGGAAAAAGGACGACGGAACACCAGCACCCACAGAUCCACCGCCAGCGCCACCACCGCCCGAAGACGAGGCAACAGAUGCCGUCCAACCGCCCUCAUCUUCGUCGGCAGAUCUGCCUGGGCCUGCGCCGGCUGCAGCAGCAGAAGCUGCAACUGCAGCAGCUGCAACUGUAGGGGGUGGAGCGGUGCUGCAGGCUGAGGAAGCGCCUGGUCACGGUCAUGCGGAUGUGGCAGUGACCGGCGAGGACACUGGGGAUGUGGUCGAGUGCGCGUGGAAGGACAUCACCCAAGUGGUCAGGCAGGCGCCCAAAGGUCAGUCCGUCAGUGAGCCACCCACUCAGUCAGUCAGUCAGUCAGUCAGUCAAAUUGACGGGGCGGGGGAGUGCUCACUCUCACUCCCUCUGCAUGGACUGGCUGUGCCUGUGUGUGCUGAUUGCAUAUACGCCAUCCACCGAUGCAUCUGUCCAUCCAUAUGUCCAUCAGAGAUGCCGCUAGGCCACUACGUGGCGAGCAACCGUUUCUCGCUGGAGCACGGCCUCAACUGCAUCGAGAUGAUGGACCCCAAGAUGGACAGCGGCAUCCACCCGCAGCGCAGGCUCACUGUCGACAAGUGCCGGCGCAAGAGGCUCGUCCCCACGACCCUCUCCGGCCGCAUGCUGCAGAAGAUCACCAACCAGCUGCUGGUCGUCUGGGAGCUCGUCCUGCAGGGCUACGCCCCCUCCUACACCCUCAUGACCUUCCUCUUCUACCACGACACCACCCUCCUCCGACCAUUCCCACUCCUCCAGGCCUUCAGCAAGGGCGUCUUGAUCGCCUGCAGCGCAGCACUGAGGCUCACUUGCAAGUCAGACGUCAUGGACGACGAGGAGGCCUUCGCCAGCCUGGAGCACUUCUCGCCCCAGCCCCCACCCACCCCGCCGGUCGCAGAGACCCUGCGGGAGCUGGAGAGCGCCCGGGGGCAGCUGAGCGACGCGCAGAAGCGGCUCGAGGCCGAGGGCAAGGUCGGUGAGCUCGACUACAUGAUGGGCGAGAACGACAACCGCACCCUCGACACGUCCGACCUGCCGGGCGGCGAGACGGAGGCCCUGGAGACGGCCAGGGAGGCCAAGUCGCUCCUGGCGCGCUUCACCUUUCUGCUGCACUACCUGAGGGGGCUGGAGGCCUUCGAGAAGCUUGCGAGCUCCGCCCCGAGCACAUCCGCAGCCACAUCCAGCCCCACCGCCCCGCCCUCGUCAGUGGUCAAGCAGCUGGAUCAGGUGUGUGUGAGCAUGCGCAAGGCCAAGGAGGCCUUUCACGAUGGCUACAAGGUCAUGUACUCGGCCCCCCCGCCGUCGCCCAUCUUCGACAUGGAGCUCAUCCGACACGAGAUGACGCUGGGGGCGCCCCGGUACCCCCCGCCGAUGGAUGUCCUCGAGGCCGUCAAGAGCUUUCAGCUGCACCUGGCCGACAUCCUGUUCGCCCUCGAGUCGGCACCAAGGGCCUACAGGCAGUCGUAUGCCGACCUCUUCGCCUACCAGCGGGAGCUCCUCUCACGCCCCUCGAGCGACUCGGAGGCCCUCCCCCGGGUCAUGUCCAAGCUCCUCAUCGAGACCCUCCUCGACUCGGCCACACGUGAGGAGCGGUCGGCGGGCGAGCCGAGCGGCGGGUGGUCCACCCCCUCCACACACACAUCCACGACGCCUUCAUCGUCGUCUCAGCGGAUGGCCAACGGGACGGACAAGGGCAGCGGGUCGCUUCCCAACCUCCCCAGCACACGGGGGCUGAUUGUCAAGCUCCUCGUCGACGCAAUGGUGCCCAGCGAGGCUCUCGUCGAGCCGGAGGAUGACGGCGACCACCAUCAGCAGCAGCAGCAGCAGGAGACCGAGGGCGCCUCCACGCCAGCCAGCGGCAACGGCAGCGUUGUGAGCGGGCCGAGGGACAGGAGGGGCAAUGGCAAGAAGAAGAAGGGCAGCCAGCUGCCGUCGCUGUCGCCAGCGUCCAAGAAGGCUGACAAGGGCGGCGGCAAGAAGGCCGGGAGCGGCAAUGCGGCUGGGGGGGCGGACGAGCUGGAGCUGGAGAUGAGCGAAAACGACCAGACGAUGCAGAGGUGUCGGCACGUGUGCAAGCGGUUCAUCGACGCCGCGGCACUGCUCCUCAGGUCACUCAUCAAGGUACGGACGUACGUACGGGUUGAGCAGAUGGAUGGAAUAUAUAGAUGGCUGCAGUCACUGCAGUCAGGCCGGCCAGUGUAGUGUAUUGAUUGCGUGUGUCGUGUCUUAUUCUAUGCACGUAUCGCAUGCAUCAGUUGGCCCACCAGCACAAGAGUCGGAUCUACCGGAAGUUCACGCACAUCUUCGCUGAGGUGGAGACGCUGCUGCCCCUCGCAGAGCAGGUCGACAAACAACUCGCGGACACAUUCGGCGGAAACCUCGCCAUCAGGUGGGGAAAACGACUUCCCCCCCCUCGCCACCCAACCCACCGUAGCGCGCGCUCACGUGUGUGUGUGUGUGUGUGUGUGAUGAUGAUGAUGUGUGCAGGGGUCCGUGUGUGCGAUGGCUGCAGGAGUUGUCCCUUCAGUUCCUGGGCGAGCGGCUGGCGCUGGGCUUCGAGCUGCAGCUCUACGACGACGAGGAGAACUGGAUGAUCUACUGGUACGCACGAUCCAACAAUAACGACCCUCUCCGUCUCUUUGUCUGUCCAUCGACACGUCCCCCUGUCUGUCUGUGUGUGCGUCGUGUGGUGCCCCAGGGUCCUGUCACGUGUGCACGAGUGCCGUGCAGCGAUCCUCAGCGAGCGACAGGUGGGUAGGUACCUAAGCCACAAAAACACACACAGCCACACCAUGCAGUGCAGGCAAUCAAGUCCCUGUCUGCCUGUGUGUUUGUUAAUCAGCUGGCGUCUGAGGAGCCCCAGGGGUCGAGCACCAUCGGCGGUGCCAACAGGCGGAAGGGCGGCGGCAGACUCGCCCUGGCGGGUCGGGCGGGGGAGGCACGUGACCGCCGAGGAGGUCCGAGUGAGCGGCCAGAGCCGCCCGCCGUGGCACCUGGUGUGGAGAAGACGCGCAAGCCAGCGCCGCGCCACCCGUCGUCGCAGCUCCUGUAUGUCCGCGUGCAGCAGCUCGUUUCCGAGGGGCUCUGGAGGUGCGCAGGCAGACAGAUUGGGGCAUCGAUGGAUGGAUGGAUGGAUGUGGGUCAUGUCAUGCGUCUUGUGUGUGUGUCAGGUUGUUGUGUCACACCAAUUUCGAGGCAUCUCAUCGGAAUCAGCUCAACCGCGAGUACUUCCUCGAGGUCGAAAGAAAGUGGUUCGUCAGGUCAGCCAGCAAGAAACAGACAGACAGACAGGCAGACAGACAGAUGGACGGAUGGAUGGAUGGAUUGCCAUCAUACUGAACGCCUCGUGGUGUGUGUGGUUGGGUGGUGGUUGCAGGCUUGCGAAUGCGUUGCAGCACGUGGAAAUGGGCAAGAUAUGUUCGUCUCUCGGCCUGGAGCACUCCUUCUCCUUUAGGGAGUUCCACGACCAAAGCGUCCGCAGCGUCUGGCACGUGAGACACACACACACGCACCUACACGCUAUGUUCUCUCUGUGUCCCCCCCUGCUGUGCACAUCUCGGGGUGCUGUGUUGGUGUCUGUGUCUGUAUCCUCCUUAGCAUGAAAAGACGCUGCAGCGUGCGUGCGAGGCGCUGACUGAGGGUCAACAGCUCAACGACAAGCUGCUGAAGAGGAAGAAGGACGGCACCGAAGUGCUGCACCCCGAGAUACAGGUGGGUGGGGGAGCUACAGACUGCACUGCACUGCACCUGAGGCCCGUCAUUGGGGGGAGGGGAGUGUAUGGCUGUGGGUGUGGGUCGAUACGUAGGCUGAUUUGCUGGAAGAGAUGAAGGCCCCGAUGGAAGCCAACCUCAAGGCAGCCAAGCAGUGAGUAACCACACACACACGGGCAGGGCACACACCUGACCUGUCCACUCAUCCUACACUCACUCAUGGUGUGUGUGUGUUUGUGUGUGUGUGUGUGUGUGUGUGUGUGUGCAGGUGCAGCUAUGCGAUGGCGAUGAAUCGGUUCAUCAGCGUGGCCCACAAGCGCGCCUUCCUGCCCUACGUCCUGCUCACCGAGAUCGAAAUCACACAACACACCAGACAGCCGUACGCCACACACCACGUACCACAACCCUACGCUGCGCAGCGCAAUACGAUCCGACAUGCGACCCAUCCUGUCGGUCUGUCGCAUGGCAUGCACGUGUGCGCUGCGCUGUGUGCUGUGCAGUCCACCCCACCACCCGAUGCCAACGCAUUCGCCGCACCCCAUCCCCCGCCCCUCCCCGCCGCCAUUCCCCCCCGCUCCCGCUGGCGGGACUAGGCACAUAGACUCAGACGGACACAACACAUGACCCACUCAGUAGCACUCGUGUGCGUCAUCUGGUGAGGAUGGUGGGUUGAUGGAGUGACUGGGUGGGUGGGAUGGCUGAGUGAAUGAGUCAUUGUGUAGCUUUCGAGAGCGCACGUGCACGCUUGAUGCGUGCAGUGAGUGCCUUCGUGGUAGAGUCAGCUGACGUUGACCUUCCCGUGUGAGAUGGAUGGAUGGACGGACGGAUGAUACACACCACACCACACCCUUUCUUUGUGUGUGUUUUAAUGCGUAAUGACGGCCUG